AUGGUAGAUCAGAUCAAGAAACAAUUAAUAAUGAUCAUGAUGGCUUUUAUCUUAUCCUGCACUGUUUUUAUUAUUGCGUCUGUAGAGCCUCUUGACUCUUAUCAAGUGGCAAAAUACGCCAAACUCUAUUCUAGCUUUACCGGAAAAAGUGAAAAUAGCACCACAAGCAUACUAAGUCAAAUUUACCCAGAAAUUAACCAGCAGCUUUAUAUCGGAAAAUGAUUUGUAAAUGGCAAGCUAGAUAAUUUUGAUAAUUCCGAAGGCAGAGCACGUCUAAGUAUUGGGUAUGACCACAAAAAGCUUAGCUUUAAAUUGAAUCUGUUUGAUGGAGUGUGAGAAAGCAACACUUUGAUGGUCUUUGUAGCCCAAGGGGUUAGUUUUAAUGAGAAUCUGCAUAUAGCUGCCCACGAAGGAAAUAUUACUGUAAAAUAUCAUGGAAAGAAGACAUAUUGUGAAGGGAUGGACUAUAUAAAAUUUGAAAAAUUAGACAAUCAAUAUCACAUGAAAGGGUCAAUAAUUUCUUCAAUUUGUCAAUUUAACAUAAAAUUCGAUCUAUAUGAAUGUAACCUAGAAAUCCAGAAAAAACCUAUCGUGACUUAUAGUCUAUUUGUAUCACUUCUAUCAAUUUUACUAAUUUUUGCAUUGGCGAGCCAUAUUCAAGAAUGCAGCUUAUCUGAGUCUUAUGCAAGAAAAACCUCCCCUGUGAUGCUAGCUAUAUUAGCUUCUUCGGAAUUUGAGCAGUGCAUGUGGCAUUUCACCAAAUCUUUUUCGUCGCAUUUUACAUUUGACUACUUUAUGCUUGCGUCGUUCUGGAAUUUGACUGUUUUUAUUAUUAUUCAUGGAAGAUUGAUGGUGAUUGUGUGGAAAGCUAAUAAUGCUCCUUAUGAUGAAGAGUCUUCUGAUGAAUUUAGAGUUAUUUUUGGAAAAUAUGAGACGAAAUUGAUAGUUAUCAUGUUUUUUAUUGUAUCAUUUUCAGCCAUUUCUUGGAUUUUCAGGGGAGUUCUGAUUAUUAUUUUUCAAAGCUUUUUAUGACCUCAAAUCUAUAAAAACGCUGCAGAUGGCACAAAGCAAUCUAUAAGCACAUUUACUCUGACAAUCAUAAUUCUGACCAAAAUUCUAAUUUUCAUAUAUUUCAAUGGAAACGCGUUCAAUUUUCUUGUUUAUGAACCGCAGCCAGUUUUAUGCUGCUUAUUUUGUAUCCAUUUAUUAACUCAAUUUUUCAUUAUUUUACUGCAAUCCACUGAUUUAGGACCAGGGUUUAUUUUUCCGAAGUUUCUGCUACCAAAUCGUUAUAGUUAUUUUAGGACAAUCGAAGAAGAAAAAAAAAUAGUCUGUGAAGACGCUGAUUGUAUAAUCUGUAUGACGCCAUUAAAUUUGCCUCAGAACUGAGGCUUGGAGAUCUCAAAUGUGGCUCCAACUAUGCAUUCUCCGUGUGGACAUAGAUUUCACAGAGAUUGUCUCUCUAAAUGAAUUAAAAUCAAAAUGGAUUGCCCUACAUGCAGAGGGUUGCUGCCUGAAAUUAAUUAG